AUGUCGUUUUCUCAACGCCUAUUUUCGUUCGCAAAGAAUUUGAAACCACAGCUAUGUAGUCGGUCGUUUAAGACAUCUAGCUCAACGUUUUCUGCAAAAAUGACUGUUAGGGACGCUCUUAAUUCUGCUAUGCGAGAAGAACUGGAACGAGAUAAAGAUGUUAUUAUUUUAGGAGAGGAAGUUGCUGAAUACGAUGGUGCCUAUAAAGUCACCAAAGGUCUUUGGAAAACGUUUGGCGAUAGCCGUGUCAAGGAUACACCGAUAACAGAGAUGGGUUUUGCUGGGAUCGCCGUUGGGGCAGCUAUGGCUGGUCUUAAACCCAUAUGUGAAUUUAUGACAUUUAAUUUCGCUAUGCAGGCCAUAGACCAAAUAAUCAAUUCUGCUGCGAAAUCAGCGUACAUGUCCGCUGGAUUAGUGUCAGUCCCAGUUGUUUUCAGAGGACCAAAUGGAUGUUCGGCUGGGGUUGCUGCCCAGCAUAGUCAGGAUUACGGUGCAUGGUACGCUAGUUGUCCUGGCCUUAAAGUUCUCACUCCUUACAAUUGUGAGGACGCUCGAGGCCUUCUAAAAUCCGCUAUUCGCGAUCCAGAUCCAGUGGUUUUUUUGGAGAGCGAAUUAUUAUAUGGACAAUCAUUUGACGUUUCAGACGAAGCAUUAUCUUCAGACUUUUUGAUUCCUGUUGGUGAAGCUAAAAUUGAAAGAGAAGGGAAAGACGUUACUCUCGUUAGUUACAGUUUAGGUGUGGGUACAUGCCUUGCUGCUGCUGAAGAAUUAUCAAAACUAGGUAUCAGUGCUGAGGUAAUCAAUUUACGCUCGUUGAGGCCAAUGGAUGAACAAAAAAUAUUUAAUUCCGUUAAAAAAACACAUCAUUUAGUUACUGUAGAAAAUGGUUGGCCUGUUUGUGGUAUUGGUGCUGAAAUAUGUGCUCGUGUCAUGGAGACGGAUACCUUCCACUACUUAGAUGCUCCAGUUUUACGAGUGACUGGCGCAGACGUCCCUAUGCCAUAUGCCAUUAAUUUGGAGCGUGCUUCUUAUCCUGAUACGCAUAAUAUCGUAACUACUGUGAAGAUGGUUAAGAAUAUUCAGUAA